GCAUCUCAAUCUCCCAAAAAAAAAAUAAAACAAACGCAGAAAGUUCGCAAGCACUUUAGCUGGACAUUUUUUUAAGCUUCCCAAAAUUUUGAAAAACGACUUGUUUUUAGUGCGUUAAAAAUUCUUUUUGAGCUUCAAGAACAAUAAAAAUAUUGUUUUUUUCGGCAUAUUGUAUUAAUGCAUAUGUACAUCCAAUAAAAAAAACUUGGAGUGAAAACGGAACGUAGUGUAAACGAAUCGAUAUUAACUCAUGAAUUUCAUGACGAAGGUUUUUCAAUAUCUCCUGGGAAAUACAGUGAUAGUGAGCAAUUGAUGCUGCAUAUCAGUGUUAAUACAACAUCAACAAGUUAUCAGAUGGAAACGUGCAGAAAGGAAUAAAGGAGUAUCGACUUUGAACAAACUAUGUGUUAAGAUAACAGCUUAAUCAUGAAUAUUGAACCAAUGCAGGAUGCAGGGACUGCGUCAGUAUUAUCAUCGGGUCCUUCUGGAUCAGGAAACUCUGCUAAUUUUUGGGAUUCUGCAAGAUUAUCAUAUACGAAUCCUGUGUUGACAAACCAGGAUAUGAUGUUGAUAACUCGUCAUACGCUUAGACACAAAUUCAUCAUAUAUAAAAUUGGCACUUAUACCAAGAAGCAGAUUCUCGAUGCAGUGAUAUCAGCGUGUUCACCGGCGAUACUAUUUCCUCUGAUGUAUACUGUCGAGAGCCCUAACAAAGCAUCAUUCAUAGCAAAAUGCACAGUUGCAAUGAUUAAACAAUUUGUCAUACGAGGUCUCAAAAUCACUAUGCCGGAUGACUGUACUCUAGGAAUGGAUAUUAUUCUGGGUUAUACAAAUAGCCUUACAAUUAAUUUUUCAAGGGAAAUAAAUAUGGCGAUAAAAUCACGUUACGAUCCAGUAAGAAAAACUCUUAAUCUUGACAAUUUUGAAAACGAUAAAUCAUUACGUAACAUCUAUUGUGCGACCUCAUCACCAAGGAUAUUGGCUUUCAUUUUGCAAGGAUGUAGCGUUGCCUACAAUGCUGAACAUAACCAUAACUCCAAACUGUCAGUGCGGGAAUUGAGCUUGCGUCAUAAUAAUUUGAUCGGUCUCGGACAACUGGAUAAAUGCUUCAAUUAUCACCUGACGAAAAUUGAUUUAAGAAACAAUGACAUUAUUAACAUGAACGAGUUGUAUAAUUUCAAAGAUUUCAAGAUCGAUGAAAUUUGGCUGGAUGGUAAUCCGUUGUGUUCUCGUUUUACAAAUCGGGAGGAUUACGUGCGAGAAGUUAAAGCGAUAUUUCCGCAUGUGCAAAAACUCGAUGGAAUAAUGAUCGGAGUCGAAACAAAGUGGUUACCCCCCAUACAAAUGAAUUAUCUCAACGGUUUUUCUAAAAUCAAUCUGAUAAAACAAUUUAUUCGACAUUUCUUCACGUUUUACGACCAAAACGACAGAAUCGUAAUGAAUGGUCUCUACGAUCACGAUGCUCUUUUCUCUAUGACUCUUGGACCCAUCACACACUCCACUCAUUUGCAAAUGACCAAAGCUUUUGCAAAUAAUCGAAAUUUAUUGAAAUUCGUAGACUACGCCAAAUGUCAAGAAUUCCUCUUGCGUGGACCAGAUAAAAUAAUAGCCGCUCUUCGACGACAGCCGACCACCGUUCACGAUUAUAGAAACUUCAACGUCGAUUUAUUGUUUCAUACCGAAGAUUCGGUGACGAUAGCUGUGCAAGGCUUUUUCUCCUACAGAGAAUACUCUCAUCCACCAUUGUUUUUCAAUCGUACAUUUGUCAUCGUAGAGAUUGAGGACAAUGAGUACUGCAUCGCCAACGAUCAGUAUCACAUUCAAAGUGAUUCAUCCAACUCGAAAAGUACCUCCGAGGCAAAACUUCGACCUACUGUUGCUAUUCCGGAUAUUAAAUUUACGAUUUUUAGUCGGAGCGAGAAAGAACAGUUGUUAAGAUUCUUGAGUGAGCGUACAACAAUGAACGAAGAAUAUUGUUAUCGUUUUUUGGAACAGGCUAAUUGGGAUAUUCGCGUUGCUCUUGGAGCUUUCGUGAAAUCUUAUACCGUAAACGAUGUUCCACUGGAGGCUUUUCAACGAUAUACGUAUUCGUGAUAGUAGAAAGUUGAAUUUUGUUUUUUCACCAUCUUUGGGUCUUUAGUGCGUACAGAACUGCAUGUACAUACCGCUCAAUCGAAAGUUCGUAAAAAAAAUAAAUACAAAUGUAAGAUUUAUGAAA